ACCAUAUUUGCAAUCUUGUUCUGGUUGAUAAUUAUAUAUAUUCCUAUAACCUUGGCUCUAUCAAUAAUCAUGGAGAACAUUACAAAGGAUGAUGUAUCCUCAAACAGCAUCAAUUCAGAUCAGCCAUACAGAACUUGGUACCACUUUCAGCCCCCAAAAAAUUGGAUGAAUGAUCCUAAUGGACCAUUGUACUACAAAGGAGUUUACCAUUUCUUCUACCAAUAUAACCCUGAUGGAGCAACCUUUGGUAAAACAAUGAUAUGGGCUCAUUCUGUAUCCAAAGAUCUCAUAAACUGGACUCAUCUCAAUGAUGCUAUAACUCCAUCUUUUGCUGGUGACAUCAACAGUUGCUUCUCAGGCUCAGCCACUAUACUUCCAGGUGAUAUACCUGCUAUGUUGUACACUGGAAUCGACGAAAAAAGACAUCAAGUUCAAAACUUAGCUAUGCCAAAAGAUCCAACUGACCCUUACUUAAGGGAAUGGGAAAAACACCCUCAAAAUCCCUUGAUGACAGCACCUAGUGAAGUCGAAGAGCGUGAAUUCCGAGACCCUUCAACUGCAUGGAAAGGAAAAGAUGGAAAAUGGAGGGUGAUAAUUGGUGCUCAAAAUGGUGAUGAAGGAAAAGUUAUUCUUGGCAAAAGUGAUGAUUUUGUUACUUGGACAGUUGAUCCUAAUCCUUUUCUUGCAACACAAGGUACUGGUGUUAUUGAAUGUCCAGAUUUUUUUCCUGUGUAUAUCAAUAGCGAAAAUGGGGUUGAUACAUCUAUGGAAAAUUCGAGUGUUAGACAUGUCUUGAAGAUAAGCUAUCAAUGGACGCAUAUCGAUUACUAUUUAAUUGGAAAAUAUGUAUCUGAUUCUGAUCAGGAUAAGUUUAUUCCCGAUGAAAAAUAUAGCGGAACAUGGAAUGACUUGAGGUUUGACUAUGGUAAAUUUUUUGCUUCAAAGUCAUUUUUUGAUUAUGCUAAGAACAGGAGAAUAAUAUGGGCAUGGGUGGAAGAAACUGAGUCUAGACAAGAUGAUAUUGAAAAAGGAUGGGCUGGACUACAGGCAAUUCCAAGGAAGUUUUGGCUUGAUAAAAGUGGGAAGAGAUUAAUACAGUGGCCAAUUGAAGAGGUAGAAAAUCUAAGAGACAAACAAAUCAGUAUUGCAGGAAAGAAACUUGAGGGUGGAUCAACUCUUGAAGUCUUAGGCAUCACUGCAUCACAGGUUGAUGUGGAAGUCUUGUUUGAGCUACCUGAUCUACACAGUGCUGAGUUACUAGAUCCAAGUGAAGUUGAUCCCAAAGUACUCUCUAGUGAAGAUUAUGCAUCAAGAAAGGGCGUGAUAGGGCCAUUUGGUUUGCAAGCUUUAGCAUCAAAAGACCUGACAGAGAAGACUACAAUAUCAUUCAGAAUAUUUAGAGUCGUCGAUCGAUAUAUAUGCUUAAUGUGUAGUGAUACGAGCAGGUCUUCAUUGAGAGAGGGCCUUGGCAAAACAAUAUAUGCAACUAUAUUUGACAUUGAUCCCAAUCUCAAAACAAUUUCACUUAGAAGCUUGAUUGAUAGGUCCAUUAUUGAGAGUUUUGGAGAUGGAGGGAAAGCUUGCAUAACAAGUAGAGUUUAUCCCUUGUUGGCUAUAGAUAAAGAUGCUCAUCUUUAUGUAUUCAAUGAUGGAAGCCAAAGUGUGGUUAUCUCACAACUUAAUGCUUGGAGCAUGAAGAAGGCUGAAUUUGGAGUGGAAAGCCUAAUAUAGCAACAAUAACAAAAAAAGAAUUUGGAAAACCAUGCAACAUUGUUUACUUAAUUUGUAUCUGGUGUGUGAUUGAAAUAAUUUGUGAUGUUAUUAUUUUUUUGGUCAAAGAAAUAAUUUUAGUGCGUCAAUUUAAAAACUUCCAUUGGUAUAUCAUGGCUCUUAGUGUUGGAGCAAGUUAUUUAAGAUGAUGUAAUUUAAUUGGGUAUGAAAAAUAACUUGUUAGAAAAUUCAAGAUUAAAAAUGAUCCGGCAUUUUACAAUGAGGCUUCUACUUCUAUUCCUUGUGAUAAUGGUUUUGAGGCGUUAGAGGUUUUGAAUGACCAUCUAACAGCCUUAAGCAGCAACCUAUGAUUGUAUCCUGGAACGUUCGAGGGCUAAAUAAGAUUGGCAAGUUCAGGGAGAUUAGCUC